CCAUGUUAUAUAUACAUCCAUCAUCCUCCCUCUCACACACACAAAAUUAAAGUUGAAGCUAUGAAGAAGCAAAAUUCUCACGUGUUCUUAAUCUCUCUCUUUGUUUUGCUUCUUAUUGUCUCAUCAGCCUCUGCUCGUCUCCUGGUGCCAAAACUAGGUGCAGUUCAGGAGACCAAGUCCUAUGAGAUUGACCCCAAAGAGACAGAUACUGAACAUCUCACAAAUCUGAUGGGAUCAGAAGAGUUCUGUGCAGAGAAAGAUGAAGGGUGUCUGGAGGGAAGGAUGCUUGCAGACGCUCAUUUGGAUUACAUUUAUACCCAACAUCACAAGCCUUAAAGAAUAAAGACUUGGUCCUUGUCCCAUGGAAUAAAUGUGUGGUUCCAAUUAAUAUAUAUGUGGAAUCAUAUGCAUAUGUAACUAUUACAUCAUAUAAAAAAAAAAUUCAACUAUAUUAUACCACUGCACUACCUACUUGUAUCAAAUACUACUAUAUACCUAUGAAUCAACGAAGAAAUUAUGGUUGUUUCCUAUU